CAUGCCCUGUCCGCCAUUCUCGCUGAGUUGUUGUGGACAAAAACAGCACGAAAGUGGGGAGGGAAAACGGGGGGAAGCCAACCACAGCAGCCCGCCCGCCCGCCAUUCUUGCCGAAUCGAGUCCACGCCACGCCUCCUGCGCCCCCUUCGGUUCUCACCUCGGGAGUCGCGGAUUGGUGGAGGGGAGGAUUUGAGCGGCGCGGCCAUGGAUACAACCUCUAGGGCCGCCAAGAUCCCGUCGCUCCACCAGACGGAGAUCAACUGGGACAACCUCGACAAGACCAAGCUCUACGUGGUGGGCGCAGGCAUGUUCAGCGGCGUCACCGUGGCGCUGUAUCCUGUCUCGGUGGUCAAGACCCGGAUGCAGGUUGCCUCUGGGGACGCCAUGAGGAGGAACGCGCUGGCUACCUUCAAGAACAUCCUCAAGAUGGACGGCGUGCCAGGGCUGUACCGGGGGUUUGCUACCGUUAUCAUUGGGGCUGUACCAACUAGGAUCAUCUUCCUCACAGCGCUUGAGACAACCAAAGCAGCCUCGCUUAAGCUUGUUGAGCCCUUCAAGCUGUCAGAGCCGGUGCGGGCUGCCUUUGCCAAUGGCCUUGCUGGUCUGUCAGCGUCUACAUGUUCGCAGGCUAUUUUUGUUCCAAUUGAUGUGAUUAGCCAGAAAUUGAUGGUUCAAGGAUAUUCUGGUAAUGCCAGAUACAAAGGUGGAUUAGAUGUUGCUCGAAAGGUCAUAAAGGCUGAUGGCAUUAGGGGGCUGUACAGAGGAUUUGGACUGUCUGUUAUGACCUAUGCUCCAUCCAGUGCUGUGUGGUGGGCAAGUUAUGGUUCCAGCCAGCGCAUAAUUUGGAGUGCUCUUGGCCAUUUGCAUGACAAAGAAGAGGCUCCUAGCCAAUUGAAACUAGUUGGUGUUCAAGCAUCAGGGGGGGUUUUUGCCGGUGCCGUGACCUCUUUUGUUACGACUCCCAUAGAUACAAUAAAGACCAGGCUGCAGGUUAUGGAUAAUGAAAAUAAGCCAAAAGCCAGGGAAGUUGUCAAAAGAUUGAUUGCUGAAGAUGGAUGGAAAGGUUUGUACAGAGGGUUGGGUCCAAGAUUUUUCAGCUCAUCAGCUUGGGGAACCUCAAUGAUAGUAUGCUACGAGUACCUGAAGCGCUUGUGUGCUAAAGUUGAAGAGGUCUGAUUUCUGAGCUGCCUUAAACUCAGAACGCAAUUCCUACAAUUCUGGAAGUUUUGUAUUAGCAGAAGUGUAAUAAUGCUGUACACCAACGGAAGCUUCAGUUCUUGCUGACAUAGGUGAAAGUAUUAAACAUGGAUGUUUGAUGGUGUUAAAGACGUCAUUUGAUGCUAGACAAUAGUCCUUACAAACUUUGGUUCUCUGAGCAGAGUAUUCUCAAAAAAAUGCAGGGGCCUAUAUUUUUUUUUGCCUCUUAUGCUGAAUAUGGAUUAGGCUGAUCAUUUUAGAUGAAUAUAAACGAGAUCAGAUGUACACAUUUAUCAUUCUUUUAUACGUGAAGGCUUGUUUUAGCGAGGCUGGAUGAUUGAGACCAGUUGUAAUGACAUGGUACAAUGUUUCCAGGAGAUGCUGUUUUGACUCUUCUUUUCAUGCGGUUUCAAUUA